ACAAGGAAGUUUAAGUGGCGCAACUGCGGAAAAACGGAAUCAAAAGAUAGAUCGGGGGAAGAGCCGUGGUUUCACGCUCCCGCGGAGACAAAUGGAAGGGAGGUGACAGUGGGAACUGGGAGGUUAAGUGUCGCGUCCAGGAGUUGGGGAACACUGGACUGACUUACAAAAGUUACUGACAAGAGCAGGAAUACGGAGGGCAUCGUUUCAGGACUCCCCGUGAAAGUAGGGGGAGAGGACUUGAUCAGACUUUCUCGUCGAUGUUGUCACAGGGAGGGGCUGGGGAAACCAAACGGGAGGCUGAGUCUUGAACGUGCACAGCCUCGUGUGACAGAAACGGCUGCCCGCGCAGAGGAGAACCCGCCGCCCAGGGAAAUCACUCCUUGCCGGGGCGCUGAACCGUCAGCCGGCAACCGGGAAGGUCUUAGUUCAUUCCGCGCUGGGGUGCGCCGACAGAGCCAGUGCGGACUCGCCUUUCUCUCUAUAACUCAAAACGCCAUUCGAACAGUUCACUGCCUGUUUACUGCCCGGGAGAGAACAUCCAGACUAAGCCGGGUCUCGCCGAGAGGUGACAGUUCUUUAAAGCAUGCAGUUCAGGAAUCUGCCCAGCUGAGUGAAUUUCGUCUAAAUCCAGGAUGUCCCGCCAAGCUAGGCUGUGGCGUAUCUGCCGAGGAGGGAGCUUCUGGCGAUCUCUCUGCUGUCUGACUGUUGUCGUGAGCUGUCUUGGCCCCACAGUGUUGAGUUGCUCAGACUGCUCAGCAACUCUAACUGGCCUCUCGGGUCAGUUCUCAUCCCCAUGUUACCCCAAAAUCUAUGACCCAAACUUAGUGUGUAAGUGGACUAUCCUCGCCCCGACUGGAUUUAUCAUACAGCUGACUUUCCAAGACUUCGACUUAGAGGAGGCCCAAGGAUGCCCGUAUGACUUUGUCGAGAUCAAGACUGGGGCAGAAAUGCUAAAAUUUUGUGGAGUCACGGCUAAAGGUCACACAUUGAACUCUACAAAGAAUGAAAUGAUUGUCGAAUUCAAGACUGAUUUUAGCAUCCAAAAGCGUGGCUUCAAGGCGACUUACAGACGAGUGGCAGUCUCACUGCGGAAUCAGAAGCUGGUGUUGGAGAGGUCAUCUCAACAGCAGGAUAUUUCGGUCUCUCCCUUGGUCUCGUUCCCAGACCUGGAACAGUUCACUGUGUGCAUGGAGGCCAAGACAUCAAGGAAAAGGAAUAAAUGGGUUCCCUUCUCGUACCUGGGCACCGACAACCAGGUGCUGAUUAACUUCAGCAGCACACUGAGCAGCAUUGCCCUGGUGAUCUCUGGUGUGGAGUGCCAGGUGACCUCGUCCUGGGACUUCUCUGGCGAAGCUUUCACGGACAGUUGGCAACAACUGUGCAUCUCGUGGGAUGGUGCCUCAGGUGACAUUAUCACCCAAACAGGUAACAGAUACCGGCUCAACGACUGUCCAGAUUCCAGGGGAAAAAGUAUCGCAGGCAAGGGUUCCCUCUCACUGACACCAAAGCAAGACAGUACAACCUUCUCCGGCCAGGUCUACAACUUCCGCCUCUGGAAUGUUACCAUGCCUGGACCGUCGCUGAUGACCUUGCCGUGUGAAGAAAUGGGCAACGUGGUGGACUGGGUGAACUCCGACUGGAGCAUCCCUACCUCGAUGUUGGAAGCAGACAGUGAGCUAAGUUGUGCCUCCAAACUGCCUGCUACACCGACUAUCAGACCCACCUGCUCAUCCUUCAGAUCGGCAUGUCAAGCAACUACCUCACCAGCUAACUCCAACACCCCCACCACUAACAUCCACACCACUAACAGUGUCGACCCCUCGCCUGACGGCAAAAAUACUCCUCACACUGAAGUCACCACGCCUGGAUCCCGGGAGAGCACAGAGCUGAGUGGAGUUUACUACAAGACGCAUUUUAUGCUGUACUAUCAGUCCGGGGGAAAUCCAGACAUUGACGGCCUUAAGCAGCGUGUAUUAACGUGGCUCACCAGGUCAUUUCAGAAUUGGAAUUACACUGUGCACGUCAUAUCUGUCAGCAUAUUUGAGAGCAACGCAACCUCACCAGUCCGGAUCGUAGCAAGAUCAAUCGAAGAGAAGCGUUAUGACUGCAAGGCCAUUCUGUAUUAUAACAUCACCAAAAAUAUUUACCUGGAGGAACUUGUGGUCCAGGAGAGACUGAGGAGCACUUCUUCUGACAUUGGAAACAACCUGUCCAUUGAUUACAUCAAAGUUCAACCCAUUGUGAACUGUUCCUCUGAUGAGAACUCCAGUCGAUACAAGUGGACGGAGACGAGACCAGGGGACACUCAGUAUCUGCUCUGCCUGUCAAAUGGAGGCCUGUAUGCAAGCAGGAAAUGCGCUUUAAACACGCAGAAUUACACGUCUUACUGGGAGCCACCUGACCUGAGCAACUGUUCCAACAGUCCCAUCUCCAACGUCAGUGACCUCCCGGAGGUGACUGCAGACAAUGCAGCUGAGUUGGCCAGCCAGCUCCUGGACCUCUCUGCGGACAAGGAUCUGACUCGGGAAGAAGUGGAUCAGAUGGUGGAGAAGCUGAAUCAGAUCGUCAUCAUAUCCGAGAUCAACUCGACUCUGGCAAACACUGUGCUGAUCGUUCUGUCCAACAUCCUCUCCAGUUCGGACAACGCACUCACCACAUCCUCCCAAGUGGCCCUGAGGACUGUGGACGCAUUGACCGCCAAGAUGCUCUUCAGCGGACCAUCGGUGAGCAUCACCACCCGCAACCUGGCCAUUGGGAUCUCCGCCAUCGACCCUCAGGCGUACAAUGGGACCUCCUUCAGCGUUGGGUCCCAGGAUGGAGAGGAGUCCGAGCUGAAGGUUGCUUUCGAUGGGAAACCGCUGAACGACUCCCUAGCUGAAAUCGAGCUCCCUCUCAGUGUCCUUGAGCAGUUGACAGCAGAAGAGAUCAGUGAGGUCUCCAGGGCCCAGUUUGCCUUCUUCAGUAGGACAGGGUUGUUCCAGGACCCUGAAUUCUCCCUGCAAAGCUUCGUGGUGGCGAGUAGCGUGGGGAACAUAACCAUCAGGAACCUCUCCGAACCCGUCAGGAUCCGCAUCAAACACAGGAACCCUAAGGAGAAUUUUAAGCCACUCUGCGCCUUCUGGGACUUGACACUGAACAAUGAGAGUGGUGGAUGGAGCACCCAAGGGUGUGAGGCUGAUCCAGGGUCCAAUGCCAAUGAAACCAUCUGCCUGUGCAAUCAUCUGACCCACUUUGGAAUAUUGCUGGACAUCUCGGGAACAGCCCAACAGAUCGAUCCGCUUAACAGUAAGAUCCUGACCUUCAUCACUCACAUCGGAUGUGGGAUCUCAGCUAUCUUCUCAGCGACUACACUCCUGACAUACGUGGCCUUUGAGAAACUGCGUCGCGACUACCCCUCGAAGAUCCUGAUGAAUCUCAGUGCCUCGCUCUUCUUCCUGAAUUUCAUCUUCUUGAUCGACGGCUGGCUGGCCUCAUUCGGAAUUGAUGGGCUGUGCGUCGCUGUGGCAGCAUUGCUCCACUUCUUCCUGCUGGCCUCCUUCACCUGGAUGGGCCUGGAGGCUGUCCACAUGUACAUCGCCCUGGUCAAGGUCUUCAACACCUACAUCAGGAAGUACAUGCUCAAGUUCUGCAUCGUUGGGUGGGGGCUGCCGGCACUGGUUGUGGUCAUUGUCAUAGCAAUCAAAAGGAGGUUCUACGGCCUGUUGCUGUACGGCAAGGAUACCAAAGGCUCUGGUGCCUCAGAGUUCUGCUGGAUCAAAGAUGACAUCGUCUUCUACGUGACCUGCGUCUGCUACUUUGCUAUCCUCUUUCUGAUGAACAUCUCCAUGUUCAUCGUGGUGUUGAUACAGAUUUGUGGAAGGAACGGGAAGAAGAGCAACCGGAACCUGAGGGAGGAGAUCCUGCGCAAUCUCCGAAGCGUCACCAGCCUGACCUUCCUUUUGGGAAUGACGUGGGGCUUUGCAUUCUUUGCCUGGGGCCCAGUGAACCUCAUCUUCAUGUACCUCUUUGCAAUCUUCAACUCUUUACAAGGCUUCUUCAUCUUCGUCUUCCACUGUGCUAUGAAGGAAAAUGUGCAGAAGCAAUGGAGAAGAUACCUGUGCUGUGGUAGAUUCAGACUUCCAGAAAACUCAGAAUGGAGCCGAACAAUCACCAACAACACCAAGAAAGUGAGCUCCGACAACCUGGGCAAGUCCCUUUCCAGCAGCUCCAUCGGCUCCAGCUCCACCAGCUGGGCCAGCAAGUUCAAGUCCGGCUCCAGCAUCUUCAAAAGCAGCGGCAAGGGUGGCCUCUUAGCAGCUGUGACCUCAUCGAAAUUCGGCCAAUUGGACGCCUGCCAGGAGCCUGUUGUUCCUGUUCACAAUGUCCUGGACAAGGUGACCAGUUUCUACCCGACCCACUCUGACAACUUCUACAAGAACAUCAUGAUGUCUGAUAAUUUCAGCCAUAGCACCAAGUUCUGACGCCUCACACCCGCUGGUAGGGACGUUCUGGAAAGAGGCGGAGGGGAGUCUUGUGAAAGUGCCGGCCAUUCUGAUAUGGGAUGGGGGAAGGGUGUGGCGGGUUGCGGAAUGGUCACUGGUCGGGGGAGGGAGUGAAUGAAAGACCAGAGAUUUAAUCAUAGAGUUCAGGUGACUGUGUCCUGGUCAGUUGGUUAAUGGACAUCAGCUAAACUCUGCAGAUUAUCAUCUUCUAUCCACUCUCUUUCACCAAUGUUUCCAUCACAGUGGGCCAUUUCCUGCACUCAGAGAGGGCAGGGGCGAGAGAUUGACCUGGGUUCAAAUCAGCCAGAUCUAGCAGUGGAAUGAGUCCUCCUCCCACCCUUGAGUGCCACCCAGCACCACCUACUUCCUCCUACCCUUGAGAAGUUGACAGAAGGUGUAAGUUUUGGGUGAGUGAUACUUGUGGAGCGCAUGGGAUGGAGAGGGCUUCAAUGAUGUUACACUGCGGGAGUCUUUGUGUUGUUUGCCAUGGGAACCUCCCUCGGUGGGGGAGAUUGUCCCUUUGCUCACUGUACCUGCCUGACACAGGCACGAGAGACCCCUGAAUGGGGGGAGGGGUGCCUCAUCCCAAUGGGGACAGAAUCCACUAAUAAAAGCCCGGGAUUGGAAGGAAGAUGGGCCAGGCCACUAAACUAGAGCACACAGGGGCCAUUAGUUUGUACAUCCCAUCCAGUGUGUACAUUCCAUUAGCAACAUCAUAAGACUUUAAUGCAUAGGAGUAGAAGUAGGCCAUUCGGUCCUUCAAGUCUGCUCCACCAUUCCAUCAUGGCUGAUUUAUUACCCCUUUUAACAUCACUCUUCUGCCUUCUUCACAUAACCCUUGACACCCAUAUUAAUCAAGAACCUAUCAACCUCCGCUGUAAAUAUACCCAAUGACUUGGCCUCCACAGCCGUCUGUGGCAAUGAAUUCCACAGAUUCACCACCCUCUGGCUAAAGAAAUUCCCCCUCAUCUCUGUUCUAAAGGGACGUCCCUGUACUCUGAGGCUGUGCCCUCUAGUCUAUUUAUUAAACAUGUUUUUGUUCGACACGUCUGGAAGUAUAAAAAGGACUUUGUCACGGAUGGGUUGUGGAAAUCAGGGAAUGGUUCUGACUCAGACCCAGUCCUCCAGCCCACUGAAUCCAUACUGGCUCCAUCAGCCUCGUAGUCCUUGCCUGGAGAUGACCUUCCCUCAGAAUUCCAACUGAAUCACUCUCAAAUGCCCUGAUUUAUCUUGUUUCCCACCAGCCUCCGGGUAGCCAGCUCCGGAUCAGCUGUUGACUAUUUUCCUUCACGUUCCCCCUUGUGGCUUUUUCCACUGCGGUUGGAUGGAACUACAGCCAGAGAUCAUGGGUUAAGGGGUGAAAGGUGAAAAGUUUAUGGGGAACAUGAGGAGAAGUUGUGCGAGUGUGGAGUGAAAGGCCAACGCAAGCGGUGAUGCAAUGCCUGAGAAGUUUGGGUAGGUACAUCGAAGGUAGGUGUAUGGAGGGCUAUGUUCCCAGUGCAGAUUGAUGGGAGUAGGCAGCGUAAAUGAUUUGGCAUGGACUAGAUGGGCUGAAGGGCCUGUUUCUGUGCUGUACUUUUCUAUGACAUUAUGUGUCUUCAUCAGAUAGAGUAUAGUAAAGAAGAUCAAUGAAAAAUUUCACUGAAUUCUCUAACUUCCCGUCCCAUUCUUUCUCCUCCUGAGCUCCCCCGUUCCUCCCACACCCAACCCAGUCCCCUUCUGAUAUGUAUUCUCCUCCUGAGCUCCCCCGUUCCUCCUACACCCAACCCAGUCCCAUUCUGAUAUGUAUUCUCCUCCUGAUCUCCCCCGUUCCUCCCACACCCAACCCAGUACCAUUCUGAUAUGUAUUCUGCUCCUGAGCUCCCCCGUUCCUCCCACACCCAACCCAGUCCCAUUCUGAUAUGUAUUCUCCUCCUGAGCUCCCCCGUUCCUCCCACACCCAACCCAGUCCCAUUCUGAUAUGUAUUCUCCUCCUGAUCUCCCCCGUUCCUCCUACACCCAACCCAGUCCCAUUCUGAUAUGUAUUCUCCUCCUGAGCUCCCCCGUUCCUCCCACACCCAACCCAGUCCCAUUCUGAUAUGUAUUCUCCUCCUGAGCUCCCCCGUUCCUCCCACACCCAACCCAGUCCCAUUCUGAUAUGUAUUCUCCUCCUGAGCUCCCCCGUUCCUCCUACACCCAACCCAGUCCCAUUCUGAUAUGUAUUCUCCUCCUGAUCUCCCCCGUUCCUCCCACACCCAACCCAGUCCCAUUCUGAUAUGUAUUCUGCUCCUGAGCUCCCCCGUUCCUCCCACACCCAACCCAGUCCCAUUCUGAUAUGUAUUCUCCUCCUGAUCUCCCCCGUUCCUCCUACACCCAACCCAGUCCCAUUCUGAUAUGUAUUCUCCUCCUGAGCUCCCCCGUUCCUCCCACACCCAACCCAGUCCCAUUCUGAUAUGUAUUCUCCUCCUGAGCUCCCCCGUUCCUCCUACACCCAACCCAGUCCCAUUCUGAUAUGUAUUCUCCUCCUGAGCUCCCCCGUUCCUCCUACACCCAACCCAGUCCCAUUCUGAUAUGUAUUCUCCUCCUGAGCUCCCCCGUUCCUCCUACACCCAACCCAGUCCCAUUCUGAUAUGUAUUCUCCUCCUGAGCUCCCCCGUUCCUCCUACACCCAACCCAGUCCCAUUCUGAUAUGUAUUCUGCUCCUGAGCUCCCCCGUUCCUCCCACACCCAACCCAGUCCCAUUCUGAUAUGUAUUCUCCUCCUGAGCUCCCCCGUUCCUCCUACACCCAACCCAGUCCCAUUCUGAUAUGUAUUCUGCUCCUGAGCUCCCCCGUUCCUCCCACACCCAACCCAGUCCCAUUCUGAUAUGUAUUCUCCUCCUGAUCUCCCCCGUUCCUCCUACACCCAACCCAGUCCCAUUCUGAUAUGUAUUCUCCUCCUGAGCUCCCCCGUUCCUCCCACACCCAACCCAGUCCCAUUCUGAUAUGUAUUCUCCUCCUGAUCUCCCCCGUUCCUCCUACACCCAACCCAGUCCCAUUCUGAUAUGUAUUCUCCUCCUGAUCUCCCCCGUUCCUCCUACACCCAACCCAGUCCCAUUCUGAUAUGUAUUCUCCUCCUGAGCUCCCCCGUUCCUCCUACACCCAACCCAGUCCCAUUCUGAUAUGUAUUCUCCUCCUGAGCUCCCCCAGCAUGGUGACGUAACGGCUAGCACAAAGCUUUAUCAGUGCAGGCGACUAGGGUUCAACUCCCACCGCUGUCAGGAGUUUGCACGUUCUCCCCGUGACUGCGUGGGUUCCCUCCAGGUGCUCCAGUUUCCUCUCACAGUCCAACGGUGUACCGGUUGGUUGGCAGCCUGGCUUAAAGGGCCGGCAGAGUGCCUCCCUCAUCAAUCAGUUCCACCCACUACCACUGCCCACCACCCACACGUCCCUGCACCCUGUCUUCCCCUCUGCCCUUCACAACUCCCUCGUAUGACAUAGAAUGGAGAACUGUACAGCAUUGGAACAGGCCCUUCGCCCUACGAUGCUGUGCGAAACCAGCUAAAAAGGAAUUCGAAAGCACCCAUACACUAAUCCCUCCCACCUACACCAUGUCGAAAUCUGUCAAUCUUCCUCACAUCCUUGAGCCUAUCUAAACCUCUCUUAAAAGCCCCUAAUGUAUUUGCCUCUCCUGUGAUAGCAGGCAACGCAUUCCAGGCACCGACCACUCUCCGAGUAAAAAAAAUUACCCCUCACUUCCACCAUGAAUCUACCCUCUCUCACCUUCAAUGCAUGCCCUCAUUUCAACCCUGGGAAACAGCUUCUCCAUGUCUACCCCAUCUAUGCCUCUCAUAAUUUUAUAAACCUCUAUCAGAUCUCCCCUCAGUCUCUGCUGUUCCAGAGAAAAUGACCCAAGUUUACCCAGCCUCUCGUGAUAGCACGUGCCCUCUAAACCAGGCAGCAUCCUGAUAGACCUCUUCUGCCCCUCUCUCUAGCCCCCACAUCCUUCGUGUAGAGGGGCAACCAGAACUGAACACAAUAUUCCAGAUGUGGCCUAACUAGAUUCUUGUUAAAGCUGCAGCCUAGUCCCUCACUUAAUUCUGGGAGCCACCUUCCUCUCCUAUCAGAUUCCACCAUCUUCAGCUCUUUAUGGAGAUGAUAAUUAGCUCUAUUUGUCACUUGUGCAUCGAAGCUGUGAAACGUGCAGUGAAAUGUAUCAUUUCCUCAACAAACAACACAGUCCGAGUUGUACUGGGAGCACCCCGUAAGUGUUGCUUCAGGCACUUUUUUUCUCAAAAUGACCCUUUGUUCAGAUGCAGAACGCAACUCAAAUUCACACUCCCCAGUAGGACUACAGGAGGAUAGAGUCCUUGAUUGCAACAUCAACCAAUCAAUGAAAGUCAGCCUGGGACUGGUUUCAGCAGACCGCUAGGGGCAGAUUGUUAUGACUCACCGUAAUGGAAUCGAAGCCCAAUCACUGGCAGUUGAAUGCUGGACCACAGGCAGAGGCUGAGGGCUUCCCAAGGGUAGUGCAUAGAGGCAGAGAGGUGGCUCAGUAUUGUAGUGAGUGGACCUGCUGCCUCAUGGGUCCAGAGAACUAACGUAGCUUGGCCACAACCUACUAACCUGUAGGUCUUUGGAAUGUGGGAGGAAGCUGUGCUCAUGUGGUCACAGGGAGAACAUACAAUGUCCAAUGAACACAGGUCAUUGUCACUAUAAAGCAUGCCACUCUCAGCAUUUGCAGACUACGGUACACAUAAAGUCAUAGAACACUACAGCACAGAAACAGACCUUUCAGCCCAUCUAGUCUGUACUGGACUACUAGUCUGGACCUGCACCCAGACCAUAGCGCUCUGUACCCCUCCCGUUCAUACACCUAUCCGAAUUUCUGUUGAAUGUUGAAAUCAGACUUCUACCACCACUUUCGCUGGCAGCUUAUUCCACACUCUCACCACCCUCUGAGUGAAGAAGGUGCCCUUAAAUAUUUCACCUUUAACCCUUAACCCAUGACCUCUAGAUCUUGUCUCACCCUAGAUCAGCGGAAAAAGCCUGCAUAUGUAUUUUCCCCACUGCUCUGUUUUCAACCCCCAGCCCCUCUCAUGAACAAUUAUUAAACUGAGAGUAGCUGGUUGUUAGUAACUAACUGUUUCUUGGAGCCCACUGUACCCAACUAAAACAGGUAGACAACAAAGUCAGUGCCUUGGCUGUGGAGCAUUUCAGAAUGUUGCAGGCAGUCCCUCGUCUCACUGGAGCCAAUUCUCAGUGGGCCCAUGUUGCUACGGUCACUCCCUUUUCCUCUGAAUACCCCUCCCAUCCGUUUAAAAAAGAGAAAUUACCUUGAAACUGUGACUAAAAUUUGCAAACACACUUGUUCCAAGUUCCCUGUCCUCUUUGUCCUGCGAUACCAACAUCCACCUGGUGGCGGCAGUGAUGAACUGGGAGCGGCACCCCACUCGCCAUGCGCGCACCACUGCCACCUCUUGGAGACGGCCUGGUAUUGCAGGUCCUCUCUGAAUACCACCUGAAGGUCACACCCAGGAGAACAGGAAUGCCGAACUUCCAGUCUGGCGCGGAAAGGCAGCCAAUGUGUUAGUUCUCACCAUGGUACAUGUGUCAAGCACCAUUAUUAGUCAAAACACAAAAUAAUUGUCAGUCAGAAUUACGUGCGGCGUAAAAACAAUGAACUUGAAGUAAAUUGGGAUUCAGCAUUGUCCGACUUUGGACACGAGGUUACAGCGCAGCUAACGCUGGCUGUCUGUGUUGACUUCCGUUCAUGCCUUGAAAGACUGCUGAUUGGGAAAUAUUUGCGAAAGCUGACACCUUGUGGUACACCCUAGGGUGAUUUCUGUGACAUGGCAUUUGUAUAUUAAAUACAAAUCUCCCAGCCUGUUCCUUCAUGUCAGCUCACUGAUAAAACUUGCUUUGACAUGUCUGCAAGUGCACAUGUGACACUUCAACACACCUCCUCUGUAAGAACGGGGCAGGCUAGAUCCACCGUCUUGACAUUCCCGGUCACAGGCGCCAAGUGUACUUUGCAGAAGCAAUUACAAUACCUCACUUUUCCCCCUUUUCCAUUCUAAUGCUACAAAAACACAUUUUUUCUCUUAUAUGUGCUGUGAAUUUGAUUGUUUUCAGACCAUAAGACACAGGAGUAGAAUUAGGCCAUUCGGCCCAUUAAGGCUGCUUUGCCAUUUCACCAUGGCUGAUUUAUUAUCCCUCUCAACCCCAUUCUCUAACAUAUUAUUUAGAAAAUAAUUAUGUUGGAAAUACAUGAACUUAGCAGCCCAAGAUUUUAGAUUUCACAAACUAGUCUUGUUGCAAAUAUUAAUUUGACAAUCAUUGUGUUAGCUGAAUGUUUUGUUAAGUUUAGACAUUACUACUGUGUAGUACAGUGCAUUUAUAUUUUUUAUAUGAUGUUGUGUUUUUCCCACGUUAUGUCUUUCCACCACACCCUUGCCUUCUACUUGCUGAUUGUAAUCUGGUUACUCUUGUAAAUAUUUAUUUAUUGCAGUCUUCUGUGUCUUCCCUCAGCUCCUUGCUGUUUCCCUUCUGAAGUGUUGAUGUAUUUCAAAUUCAGUGAAAGCAUUUGCUUUCAGAUCCCAUUUGUCAUUGUAAAAGUGCAAAUAAACACAAGCUUUGG